AUGGAAGAGCAAGAACGGGCAACUUUUUGUUAUGGGAAAUUACUGGAUGUCUUCAUUCCUUGGAAUCGGCAUCUAAAUCGCUCUCGUGGGUUCGCCUUCAUUCGAUUUUUCUAUGAGCAGGAAGCGUUCAAUGCAAUUCAAUGUUUGCACAGGCGGAGGAUUGAUGGUAGGGUUGUGCAUAUUGACUGGGCAAAAGGGCAACCUCGAAGAGGAACAAUAGAACCGGGAACAUCACAACCCCAACAUCAGGCAACAAUCCAGGCUUCGGAUAGGUCGUUUGCUGCAACAGUAAGAGCGCCAAAGGUAGGUGCUAAUAUUCAGACGACAGGGAGCUCGAGAUUCACCACCAUUGCCGAUUCUAGGGCAGUGGAGAACAGGUUGCGAAUGUUGAAUCUGGCUUUGGUGGGGACUGCAAUUGACUCGAAUGUUUGA